AGCGCAAGUGAAGUGUUGUGUAUUGGGGUGGGGGAGUCCCUGUCCCCGCCCCUCCCCGCCCCGUGGCCGCGGCGUGGCUGGGCCCGGGGCGGAGCUGGCGUCGCCCUGCGGGCAGGAGGUCGGCCGCAGCGGAGCAGGGCAGGCAGGCAGGCGAGGGGAGCUGCCGAGCAGGAGGACCCACAGGAGGGCGACCCAGCGCGCUGGCAUGUGACCGCAGCCCAAGGAAGAUUCGAGCUCUCCCGUCUUGGCGGACCCCAGCAUCCUCAGAUCCCUGCCCCUGGACACCUGGCCCUACCAAGCCUAGCCAUGGCUCUCUGCCUGAAGCAGGUGUUUGCCAAGGACAAGACGUUCCGGCCGCGAAAGCGCUUUGAGCCAGGCACACAGCGCUUCGAGCUUUAUAAGAAGGCACAGGCAUCACUCAAGUCGGGCCUGGACCUGCGCAGUGUGGUGAGGCUGCCACCUGGCGAGAACAUCGAUGACUGGAUCGCUGUGCACGUGGUGGACUUCUUCAACCGCAUCAACCUCAUCUAUGGCACCAUGGCUGAGCGCUGCAGUGAGUCCAGCUGCCCGGUCAUGGCCGGCGGGCCCCGAUACGAAUACCGCUGGCAGGACGAGCGCCAGUACCGGCGGCCGGCCAAGCUCUCCGCUCCACGCUAUAUGGCAUUACUCAUGGACUGGAUCGAGGGCCUCAUCAAUGAUGAGGAUGUCUUUCCCACGCGUGUUGGUGUUCCCUUCCCCAAGAACUUCCAGCAGGUCUGUACCAAGAUCCUGACCCGCCUCUUCCGAGUCUUUGUCCAUGUCUAUAUCCACCACUUCGACAGCAUCCUCAGCAUGGGGGCAGAAGCACACGUCAACACCUGCUACAAGCACUUCUACUACUUCAUUCGAGAGUUCAGCCUGGUAGACCAGCGGGAGCUGGAGCCACUGAGGGAAAUGACAGAGCGGAUUUGUCACUGAGCCUAGUCCUGGACAUUGUUGCUCAUCAGAUGGACCAUCUGCAACAGCGUGGCUGGGGGAGGGCAUCCUUGGGAGUCUGAUGUUAGAGGAAUCUGAAGGCCCUAGGACCCCUCCACAUACCCAAUACCUGUGGACUUCUGGUUCUCAGAAGUCUGCCUACAUGUCCUCCUCGCUGCUUGUGAAUAGAGAAGGGAGGGCUUCAAGUGGGCAAAUGGAAAGAAAGGAGGAGUCAAGCCCCCUGGCAUGAAGUCUGGGAGAAGGGUGGGCUAUCCAGUUUCUUCUCUGACCUUUCCAUAGUGGUUCCUAUUUGGGGAAUGUGGAUGUGACUGUGGCUGAGGUGACAGCAAGAGAGUAAGUGGCCUCUAUGUAAGUUGGAACACAGAUGCCAGUGUGAGUGUGUGUGUGAGAUCUUGACUAUGAGAUGCCUAUCUGUGAGAGAUAGGCCCUCCCUGGCACAUAGUAGGCUCUCCAUAGAUGUUGGGUGAAUGGAGAGAUGAAUGGAUGCAUGAAGAGAUUGGGACCACUAGACCAUGACCACUGUAGGAGUCUUGACAAGUUGUUAUCCCCUCUCAGGGUAUCUGACCAUGUGUACAAGUGUAGAUGUACCUUUAUGGUGGAAGCUUCCAGGGUACCAUCUUCCAUUAGUAUGAAUCCUGGGGACCUGGGUAGAGAUUGGAAGGGGGAAGCUUACCCUGAGUUCCUUAAUCCUCUGGCCCACCACAGAUGUGGGUUCUGAUUUGCUCGGUCAGGGAUGCCCAUGUCUCCAGAAAGCCCUGAUAAUAGAGUGCCUCCUGGGGUUUGGGAAUGAUCUCUAAUGUUCACAAAGGUCCCCUGGCUUUUAAACCAGGAAUCCUGGACUCCAUUCUAGCUCCCAGAAUAUACAAAACUGACUCUUAGGAUCUGAAACCCAGCACAAAAUAAUCCUCCAGUCCAAGGAUCCAGUGGAUUUGAACUGGGAAAUCUGAAGUCCUCUCUCCUAGCCCAGGACACUGAGGAUCUUAUAGCUGAUGGAGAGACGCCAUCCUGAAAGUACCUGCCUCCUUCCCACCUAUUCCUGAGACAUUCCAGAUGAUUGGAUCUCCAAGUACAGCCAUCUACAGAGAGACUGGGAUGUUCAUUCACUGCUCAAUAACUUCUUGCCCAGCCCUGUGCCCACACAACACAGGUGGGGAAACUAAGGCAGGAACAGGAUUCUGCCCUCCCAAAGCCUCUAUAAUGGGAGGCCAGGAUGGAAUACCAGAGGGACCUGAGAAUAAUCCAGUCUGUCUCUCAUUGUACAAAGGAGGAUACUAAAGCUGGGAGAAGAGGGGAAAACUGUCUUUCACGGACUUGGAUUAAAGACCAGGGGCUUGCCUCCAAAA